CAUCGUUGAAUCGGAAACACUUAGUAUUCGAAUCUGUGAACUUGCUACAGUCUCUGACGCAAAUCACCAAGUGGGCGCAUUGCCCAUAAUAAUCGCGUUGGGCGAUGGUGAUCGCAUUGAUUCAGGCGACCUACUGAAGACGCUUAUCGAGAAGAUACGAAACGACACCUUGUUUGUUCAGAAAGCAGACGUGAGAGUGGCAUAAGGUAAUACAGACGCUAUUAGUUCUUUGAUGAAGGUGCUAAUCAAGUGUAGAAUACUUGGAGAUGCGACAUUUUUUUCUUAUAGUUGCUCUAGGGGAAAUCUUCUAUGGCAUCGUCCUAGGACAAAGUACCUUUUAUGAGACACUAAAUCCGAAUGGUGGGCAUUUUCCACCGGGUGCACCAGAUGAAGACGUUGAUUUAAAAGAAUUUGAAGGUGGGAUACAACUUAGUUAUUUUCAAGAUGACAAUCUAUUAAAGCUUGGUGAAGAAACGCAAUUUGAAUACACGUUUGAAGAAUAUCCUGAUAAGAACCAGGAUAUAUUACCCAGCACAAACAACCCGGAUCAAAUUGAAGAUGCUAAUAAUUUCGUCCAAUUCAAUUUCCCAAUUUCAACUUCAAGCGACAGAGAAAAAUCUCCAGUACCAUCUUCUAACAAUAAGCUUUCGAGAAAAAAGCGAGCUGGUGGUUGGGGUGGAUGGGGUAACUGGGGUGCUAAACCAGAAACUACAACAACAACUACAACAAGGCAGCCAUUUAUUCCUCAAAAUCAAGCUAAUAAUCAAAGACCAAGACUUCGGAAUGGACCGAACGGCAGGCGUCGAAGAAAAGGUCCUAGGCGUCCAGAAAAUUUCCCUGGUCGUCAAAAUUUUAAUCCGCAGAAUGGUAACACAAACCCAUCGAACUUCGGGCAAAAUGCACCGUUUCCCAAUGUACCAAAUGAAUAUCCAGGAAUCCCUAAGAAUUUUGUAAAUGAUAUGCUUUCUGGAUUAAACAGCAAUUUACCUGCGCUUCAAACUUCAACGCCUCAACCACCUCCUACUGUACCACCAGGAAUUCCAAAUGAUUUUCCUAAAUUUUCUUAUCCACCGGGUUUCUUCAAAGACAUGCUUUCAGGCUUAAAUAACCCGUUGCCAACAGUUGCACCAAUAGAAGACAGCAAUAAAGAAAUUAAUACACCUGAACCUCCUGCUCCAGUGCCACUAAGAAUUCCAAAUGAUUUUCCUAACGUUUCUUAUCCGAAAGGCUUCUUCAGUGAUAUGCUUUCUGGUUUAAAUAGCACACUACCGCCAAUUGAAUCCCCGGAAGACAGUAACAAUGAAGCGGCUCCAUUGAAUCCUGAAGCAAAUGGACCAGGACCUUUUGGAAGAAGAAGAAGACCAUUUGGAGGAGGAAGACCUCUAAGAAGAAGGCCAGGAAGUGGAAGACCGAGGAGAAGAAGGCCGAAAUUUCCUCAGAAUCCAGUCACAGAUGGAAUUCCAGUCACACAAACAACAGAGCCAUAUAAUGACUUUUCUACCCUAGGUCCAGAAACAUACCCUGUAACAAAGACCGACAGUAUCAGCACGAUUCCACCAACAGACAUCGAAACAACAGAAAUCAUUGAAAAGGAUUCUUCCGAAUAUGAUACAAUUGAUAAUUCAGAUACUGACGAAAACGAUUCAUCCGAAGAAGAUAAUGAUUAUAGCUUAAUUUACCCAAACACAAAUUAUUCUAUGAUAGCUGGUCCUCAAACGUUUUCACAACCUCGUGAAAUUUAUGAAACCCUCAUGACACCAGAUAUGAAUAAGACAAAAAAUGUCUAUAAAAACAAUAAACACCAUCCCAGACAUAAUACGACGAUGUAUCGAAGACGGGGAAAACACCACCCCCACCGAAAUAGGUACGGAAUUAAACACCGUCGCAGACCAUUUGGUAAUAGAAUGAGGGAUGGGAAUGAUACCGUAAAUUACAGACCGCAAAUUAAGAGACGACGUAAAAAAAUGCAUAAAAAAUAUCCCAUGGAGUAUGAAACAAAUUAUAAUUCAAAGAAUUUAAGCGAAAACCCCGAUUGGUAUAAUUUUGAUGAACCUGAUGAUGAUGCGGAUCAGUCAAUGGGUUUCAACAAUACCUAUAAUAACUUGCUGUCCUUCCUAAAGCCAGGGUCUUCCUUAAGAACUCCGUCACCGUUGAGUUCAAGUGAAAAACCUGAAUCGUACGAUUUUGAUAAAAUUGAUAAAGAUUAUGGUCAGAUAAUCGGAAGUGCGCGGGAACCUGAUGAUGGUGAUAAUAACUCAAGACCCAAACCAGAUGAGUUAUUAAAAGCAUCAAAUGAUGAUUCAAACGAAAAUUACCGACAUCGUGAUAAAGAUCAGUCAAUGGGAUUUAACAAUACGUAUAAUAAUUUGCUAUCAUUCUUAAAGUCUGCCUUUGGGUCGUCCUUAACAACUCCGUCACCUUUGUAUUCAAGUCAGAAACCUGAAUCGUACGAUUUUGAUAAAACUGAUAAAGAUUAUAGUCAGAUAAUCGGAAGUGCGCGGGAACCUAAUGAUAGUGAUAAUAAUUCAAAACCCAAACCAGAUGAGCUAUUAAAAGCAUCAAAUGAUAACCACUCAGACGAUGGUACGGAUCAGUCUACGGGAUUCGACAGUACCUACAAUAAGUUGCUCUCCUUCCUAAAGUCAGCAUUUGGAUCUUCUGCAACAACCUCUUCUCCACCUACUUCGACUCUUGAAGAAAUCAGUGGAGUUUAUGAUGAAGCAGAUGAUGGAAUAGAUGAAACAUCUAAACAGUUUGAAACGACAAUGAAGUGGGGUUUGGGCAUGCAGACAUCCACCGAAAUGACAUCCUAUCAUACACCUUCGUCUUCUCUAGAGUUACCUACAAUAACUCAAACAGAAUUCAUAACUACGGAUGCGUCAACAAUAUCAUUAGCCAGGACAACGGUACCAGAAAAUACAUUGCAAACUUCGAACAUCCCUGCAAUGUUUGAGUCACAACAGACUACAACUUUGAGUUUUCUUGACAGUGCCGAUAUUCCUUCACCAUCAGGUGAAUCAGAUGGUGGCGACAAUAGUACCAAUAGUCUGUUGAAUUUUCUCAAGAACUUAUUCGGUGGAUUGAGAAACAAUUCCCACAACAGUUCUAGUCCAGAUAUAAACGAAACAAUAGAUGAGAUUAACGAUGAGGAAAGAUCUAAAAAUCGUACCGAUAUUCCUUCCCCAUCAAUCGAAUCAGAUGACGGCGACAAUAGUACCAGUAGUCUGUUGAAUUAUUUCAAGAACUUGUUUGGUGGAUUGAGAAGGAAUUCCUACAACAGUUCUAGUCCAGACAUAAAUGAAGCAAUAGAUGAGAUUAUCGAUGAGGAAAGAUCUAAAAAUCGUACCGUACUUCGUCGUAAAAAUAAUUUUCCGAAGCGAAGAAAAAUGAGACGAAGAAAAAAAGGCCACUUACAUAAACGUCCGAAUAAUAUGAAUCUUCCAACAGAAUCUACUGAUGACUCAUUUAACGAACCAGAUUUUUCAAGCUUUGAUAAAUACUUAUCUAACAAAUUGUCAGAGUUUCGGCCAAAAGACUCCAGCUCGUCAAUUACAGAACUAAUAAAUACAGAAGAGCCUUAUACAUCAACAUUAUUGAUAACCCAAUCAAGUGACAUUGACACACAAAAAUCUACUACGGAACUACAAUUGACCCAAAGUGAGUUGACAAUUAUUCCAAGCACUCCAAUGUUGGUGCCUUCCUCUACAGAAAUAUCUUCUACAUCUGAAAAGACAUUUUCAACAUUUCCUGAAAAAAUAUAUACUACUCCAGAGGCAUAUACUGAAAUGCCUUCAACAUCUACAUUGAUGCCUACAAUUUCCACAAUGAAACCUUCAUCUUCUUCUCAAAUACCCUCAACUUCUACUUCAAUGUCUACUGAAACACUUAUAUCCACUCCCGUCGAAAUACUGUCAACAACUACAAUAGAAACACCAUCGACAUCUACAGAAGGAAUGCCAUCAACUACUACAGAAAUAGAAUCCACUGUAACUGAAAUGCCUGUAACAACAAUGACAGUUUUAACGACUUCUACAAUGUUACCUUCAUCUACUGAAACAAUUUCUAGCUCUACAGGAAUAUUUUCUACAUCUAUGAAACCUACAGAGACAAGUCUUGCACCAAUUGAAACUACGGAGAGUGCAAAAUCUUCUGCAGUAAUAACUUCAGAAUCUACAGAGAUCCCUUCAACAUCUCCAGAAAUGCUUUCUACACCUACGAAACUUCCAGAGACAACAACUUCCCCUGUUGAAACAUCUACAGGAACUGAAACAUUAUCAACUGCAGUUACUUCAGAAUCAACAGACAUCCCAUCAACAACUCCAGAAAUGAUUGCCGCUGUGACGCCUUCGUCUCCAACUGAAAUUUCUCCAUCUACGCAAGUACCUUCAACGAUUCCAGAAAUGAUUUCACAAUCUGAAACACCUUCUACAGAAACACCAAUAACUUCAACGCAAAUAUCUUUAACUUCUCAAAGUGAGCAAACAUCGUUGAAAACAGAAUUAACCUCAACAGAAAUACCAAUAACUACAACUCCAAUAUCUUUAACUUCUCAAAGUGAGCAAACAUCCUCUGAAACAGAGUUAACCUCAACAGAAACACCAAUAACUUCAACGCAAAUAUCUUUAACUUCUCAAAGUGAGCAAACAUCCUUGGAAACAGAAUUAACCUCAACAGAAAUAUACAUAACUACAACACAAAUGUAUUUAACUUCUCAAAGUGAGCAAACAUCCUCGAAAACAGAAUUAACCUCAACCGAAUCACUUUCUACUUCCGAGGCAUCAAGUUUUUCUACCCAGCCCAUUCUUAGCUCAACGGCAGAAAUUACAACUGCCUCAGAAAUACAUUUAAGUUCUACAGAAAGUCUGACAAUACCUCCAGCUACUGAUGCCUCUUUGACAUCAACUGAAAAUCCUUUAAGUUCUACUGAAGUGCCAGCAUCUUCAACAGAAUUGCUGAUUGAAACUACUUCUGCAGAACCAAUAUCAACUGAAACACUUUUGUCGUCUUCUCAAACAACAGUUUCUCCAACUAUCUUAUUAAGCACUACUGAAUCAUCUCCCACCUUGACCGAAUCAAUACAAACCUCUUCAGAGAAAUCUUCGACUUCUGCUGUUUCAGAUGAAUCUUUAAUGGAUCUUACUACUUCCACAACAGUCAGUGAAAGCAUAACUCCAGAUCAUCAAACCUCAACGGCAUUUGAAAGUAUUACAACAGAAACCAUGGCAGAUUUAACAAGUAGUGUUCAUGAUGCUGCUACAACAGAAAUGGCAAGCACUAAAGAAGAAAAUGAUGCACAAAAACUGACAACUGCGGGUUUGGUAUCCACUAAUGGGGAAAUAACUGAAAUGCCAAAAGUUAGUGGGAAUUCAACAUCUGAUAUGGAUGAAGAUGAAGGAGAAAACUUUCCUGUUACAGCCAUUCCUCCCCCAGGAGUUAAGUGCAAAGUUAAUGAGACUUAUUACAGUUGUGUACCACAUUGCCAGCACACUUGCUUCAACUUUGAUAGUGAUGUGCCUUGUUUACCGAACUUUUGUGAACCCGGAUGUUUCUGUAGUCCUGGACUCGUUAUUGAUGAAAAUGGAAACUGUGUUGAUGUCAAAGAUUGUUUUCAACAGGCUUGUGGAAUCGAUGAAGAAUGGUGGGAUUGCAAACCUGAGUGUCACAACACAUGUGAGAAUUACGCAAGAGCAGAAGCAUGUGAAGACACGGUGUGUAAUGAAGGAUGUUUCUGCCGAGAGGGUUACAUUAGAGAUGUAGAUGGAAGCUGCGUGGACCCUGAAGAAUGUGCUGAACCUGUUUGUUUAGACCACGAAGAAGAAACGGAUUGCAUGAGCCCAUGCAAUAGAUGUACUGCAAACUGCCAUUCUUGCAAGUUUUUCAUGUGCCGCUCAGGUUGUGAUUGCAGAGAUGGUUACAAAAGAGAUGACAAAGGCGUGUGCAUCCAGGCUGCCCUAUGUCCGAAAUGUGAUGUUCCAGAAAACACUGCUUCAGCAAACGCUACUUUAGGUUCAGCUUCAGCAAGCUCUGCUUCAGCUUCAGCAAACUCUGAUUCAGCAAACUCUGCUUCAGCAAGCGCUGCUUCGGCUUCAUCAAACUCUGAUUCAGCAAAUGCUGCUUCAGCUUCAGCAAACUCUGCGACAGUCAACUGAGCGAUAGAAGCUCUUGACUGUAGUUGAUGAAAUUCUGGCGAAAAAAAAGACAAAAAAUUAGCUACCUCUGCCUGGUAUAUCAUUUGAUUGUUACCAAGUUGUUUCCACACAAGACGUUGGCCAGAUGCAACAUAUCAGCGAGAUUGAAGGAAGUGAAAACACCGCGGAGAUGAUAGAUCGAUAUGUAUUGUAGUUUGAACUCGGCCUCAUAACUUAUGAUAAACUUUUAUACUGCAAUAAAUUUAUGUAAAUAGUGAAA